GCGGGGAGCUCGGCGCAGGCGCGGUGCAAGCGCAGCGGCGUCAUUGGUGAGGGUCGGUCGGACACGCGGAUCGGCCGCAUGCACUGAGAUUGAAAACCUGUUUGCCUGCCUGUUUUGAACUUCUCUUCUGCUACCGAACGUUCUUCUUAACUGCUAAUGAGGCUCUCAGACACGAGCACAGCUCUUGGAUGGAUCAUUCCUUGUGAGUCUUUAGAUUGAUUUCUGACCGAGGUGGGGAAGAAGCUGCUUUAUUGCCAUUCAGUAACUUCAGAGAUGUCGAAGGCUGCUGCUUCAAAGUCGCGAUCCCAAUCAUCCCAUUCGCGGUCUCGCUCCCGCUCCUUUUCCAGGUCUCGUUCCCGAUCCAGUUCCCGCUCGCACUCCAGGAAACGAAAAUACAGCCCCCGUUCCCGCUCCAGGUCGUACUCUCCAGCGCAUGCCCGUGAGCGGCACUACCCACGGGAGCACCAGCCUCGGGAGUUCCGAGGGCACCGUGGCUAUAGGCGGCCGUUUAUCCAGCGACGGGGACGGGGCUACUACCCAAGAGGGAACUGGAAUAACCGCGGAGGAUAUGGUAACUAUGGCAAUUACAACCAUUACGGCGGAUACAGACCCAACUGGCAUAAUUAUCGGUCGACCUACAGCCCCCGGCGAGGGCGCUCGAGGUCUCGCUCUCCCAAGCGCAGGUCUGGCUCCCCGCGCUCCAGGAGUCGCUCUCGAUACUCUGACAAAUCGUCGUCCAGUGGAUCGAGGAGGUCUUCGUCGUCGAGGUCCCAUUCCUCGCCUCGUCGCAGCCGUUCACGAUCUUCCAAACAGCGAAGGAGGAAGAGCAAGAAGGAAGCAACUGCUUCUCAGGCUUCACCUCAAGCCGCUGAAGACCAGGAGAAGGUGUCGGGUGAAGCCAAGAAUGAUGAUGGUGUUGUGGCUGUGCCUGGGAGCCUGGCCGCCAAACGCAGCGACUCGUGGAAAGGCCUGAUUGCAUACGACACCAGCCCAAAACAGCCGAGUGCAGCCCCACGCUCCACAGUCGUGCUGAAGACCAGCCCCGCAUUACAGCAGAGUCCUUCAAUGUCGGGGGCAGGGUCUCGUGCUGAGCCCCACCAGAGCCCACAAGGCCACAGCCCACCUCCACAAAUCACCUUACAUCAUAGCCCUCCUUCACCUGAUCCAAGCCUGAGCCCGCCAUUGGCCAGUGCUCAAAAGGAGGAGAUGCAUCACGGAGGGUUGGGCUUGUUCAUGGAUCAGCCAGUUCCAACCAUUUCUUCAUAUUUAAAGAGCAUGGCGAAAAUGGAAUUCUACGUGAGAAAUAACGCAGAGAAAGGCAGCCAGUCCCCAAAGCGGUUCAAGAGCGCAUCCACGGAAGAGUUUGAGAAACUCUCAAAAGCAGAAGCACAACACAAGUUUGGGUUUGAGAAAGAGGAGCUGGAGGAACAGGACAAGAAUUACUCAGCCAAGAGCCAGAGGGGUUAUGAGUACGAUGAGGAGCCCAAAUUCCGGACCAAAGUGUCCCUUUCUGCCAUUAAAACACAGGAGAGAUAUGAGGAAGAGGAGGAGGAAGAUGAGAAUGGCAGACUGUGCAAACGAGAUGAAUUGAGUUAUUUUACAAAGCACAUCACUGUGUCCAACGACAAGUACAGGGCUGUGAAAGAGGAGGAGGAGGAGGAAAUAAUUCCUGAGAGAUUUAAAAAGGAGGAGCGCUUUCUGAUAAAGAAAGGUGAUGUGAGCAGAUACCGGGAGUUGUCACCUGAAAACCUUGUGAAAGCGUCCAAGUAUAAAGAGGGCCGAGUGGAAAGCCCCCCGCAGCGCAAGGGCUCAGACAUCAAAGAGCGGGAAGAGAGCCCGCCAGUGCUCACACCCGUGGUCCCCAUUUACCGUCCACCUGAGGUGACAUUGAAAAUGGACCCUGUGCCGUUCAGCACCGGCAUUCUUGGCUCAACCAACUUCCUAUCUCAUGAGCGGCGGCUCAGUCGGGACCUUGUUCAUAAACCCAAAAAGGAUCAGGAAUUCCGUUCCAUUUUUCAACAUAUUCAGAUGGCUCAGUCUCGUCGCAGUCCUUCAGAACUGUUUGCACAGCACAUUGUGACACUGGUCCAUCACGUCAAAGAGCAUUACUUCAAGUCUGCAACUGUCACAUUAAACGAGCGCUUCACAAUGUACCAGAGGAGAACGGCUCAGCAGGAGCCUCCCAGACAGCAGAGCCCAGAGAUCCACAGGAGAAUUGAUAUUUCGCCCAGCUCUCUGAAGAAGCACAUGCACCUGCACGAUGGUAUGAAGAGUCCCCAGGACAGCAGUGGCAAGGGAGAAGGGAAAUUGAGGGAGGAACCUACUGAUCUCAGACUUGAUAUUGAACGGCGCAGGAAAUAUAAAGGCAAAGAGGGAGAUCAUAAAAAAGAUGGCUCCAAAGUAUCAAGAGAUUCCAGCCAUUCCCGGGAGCGUUCAAAGGAAAAGUCUGGAAAGUCUUCCAAAUCAAGCAGGGAGUCAAAGAAGCAAAGGAAACGUAAAAAGGCUAGAGCUCGAUCCAGCUCCCCCUCCUCCUCUUCCUCCUCCUCUGCUUCACACGAGGGCAAAGAGGAGGGAGAUGAAGAGCGUGAGGAGCGAGAGGAGGGGGCGUCAGUCUUUAAUCGGGCUCGUCUCGGAUCGAAGGAGUUCAUUGGCCUCCCUGGGAGAAGCAGAGCCCGUGGAACCUUUCAGUUCAGAAUAAGAGGCCGAGGAUCAGGCAGGGGAGCUCUCCCAGGUCCCAGCAACAUCGGUAACCCUGGCAAUCAGACCUUCCCAGCUCGCCCCCGUGAAGAAGAUUGGGACCCGAAGUACACGCCUAAGAGCAAGAAGUACUAUCUGCAUGAUGAUCGCGAGGGAGACCGAGACAACUACUGGAGCGGCAAGCGGGGCCGGGGCACCUUCCUGCGUGGCAGAGGCCGCUUCCUGUACAAAAAGUCCAGCCCGAGCCCUAAGUGGACGCACGAUAAGUACCAAGGCAGCGGUGAGGAAGAGGAGGAGGAAGAGGAAGAUGGGGAAGUGGGCAACAUCGCAAACGAAGAUGAGAAAACACCAAGUACAACAGAGCAGUAGGGAGGCCGUGGCAGCGGGAGAGGAGCUAGCCUGGGCACAAUCUCCUCAUUAGAAUCAAUUGAACUGUGAUCCUGUGUGGGAUCUCCAUGGAGUUUACAGCGCAGUCGGUUAUUAAUUGUAGAGAGUGGGGGGAGGCAAAGGACCAAAGUUGUCUUUAAUGCAACCUAGCAUAAAAUCUAAUUCAUCUGUCGAUACCGGAUAGAAGAUUCUUCCUUUACUUCACAGCCCUACCCACCCAUAACGCCGUUUGGGGGACGCCUUUUUUACUAUUGCAUGAUGGUGCGACCUCUAUCCACCUGAGCCUGCAGAGUUCCCUGUACCGCCAGCCGACAACCUGAGCGCUGGAGAUUGGACCCAGCCAAUGUGGGUCUCAAGCUGAAACGCUCUUCAACGGGGAGUCGUUGGUUAGUGUCCUCUGGAGACCCACGUGGGUUUAAUGUCCCCAAGAUCCUUGACCCGCACUGCACCAAGCGUCCCCAGAGCUAGUAACUCCUCCUUUUCUGUCAAAAUUCCCCUUGAUCACUCUUCCUCCCCCCCCCCCCCCCCCUCCCCCGAAUCUUUGUGUCUCUGCUACAGCUGUUUUGCGCUGGAAUGUAACCAAAUUAAAAUGUUUUAUUUCAGGAGUAGAAAGUUUAUAGUUCUUGUUUUUUUAAAAAAAGUUCUCUCUCUAUCCCAAUCCCUCCAGUGGUGAUGAGUAUAAAUAGCAGAGGGCACAGCCUGUCUGUAGCACAACACCCACCCAUCAGACCGGGACCUGUGGUGGAAGGGGGUGAGAAGCACACUCUGUAGCUCAGGAAAGAGAGACAGACCGUGGUGGCUAGCUGUGAAGGAACAUAAUCGGGUGCAACUUUUUUCCUUUUAUUGAUUGCUGAGUGAAGAGAGAGACAAGGGCAAGUUUACCCUGAAUGUUGGCACUGUUGCUGACAGGCAGUCUCUAAUCUGCUCACUGGAGUAAGACUGUACUCUGCUCCCCAGGUCCACGUUAGACUGGCCCCAGAGAAACGUGUGAUUCUGCCAAUCGGGUUGCCCCCAAACUGCUCCAGACCCUGAGAUGUGUGUAACUCCUGUGUGUAAAGUAGUUGAGAUAUCAGGCUGGGGUAAGAAAGCCAGACUGCCGUACAAUAAAUACUCAUCAGUUUCCUUUAAACCUCCAGUGAUUGUUAUCUGAGUGUUAAUUCAACAUUUAGUCAAAAAUACUAAACUCGGAGCCAUGUUUUAUGUUCAGAUUGAUCCACACUGGGUCAACAGUGGACAACAGCCUGACACUGCACACUCUGACCACGUUACUGUCAGAACAGAGAGGCCCUGAGAUUCAAGACCUGCGCUCCUCUCCACCUGUCCACGAACAAAAUCCCUUUUUUUUAAAAAAGGUGAAAUGCGGAGCAAAAAUACAUUGCUCUGACUGAUUCUGUGUGUGAAGCAGUCCUGUUCAAUGCUGACCUGUCAGACCCCACCCACAAACAAGCUACGCAGAUUGCCAGACUUACGUAUAGCCCCCUCUCCCCCACCCCCCCAAAAAAAUAUCAUUUAAACUCAUUUUCCCAGCACAAAUCUACGUCUUGCUCUUUUUUUUGCUUCCUCUCCAUGACUGUUUCUACUUUGAUGAGCUUUUCUGCUUGAGGGUGUCACAUACGAGUUACAGCCUAUGACAAAAAUCAGGGCCCUGACAAGAGGAGGAAACGUCACACACGCUCGCUCCUCCAUCUCUGCAUAGUCAGACCUCAGCGAGUUGCUAGUCUGAUCCACAAUUGACUCCAGGAGCAGAGCCUGGGGAAGAGGGUUUAAGUGUCCAGACCUGGUUGGUGUUGACAAUCUGGUCUCUUGCUCCCCGCAUCGCAUCCCGCUCCAGUUUUGUUUUAUUUUUAUGUUUGUAUUAAGAAAAAUACCUGUUUCUUAAUGUAAAAAAAAGUGACGUGUGCUCUUUCAUUGCAAUAAAGCAUUGAAUUUUUUUUUAUACAUAGGAGUAAAUGCUGUUGAGGGGGAGCACACAGAUGGGGAGGUGCGGGUGCACUUAUUUUUGUAACUGUUUUGCUGGAUGCCUUAUCUCAAACAGCCAGUUAUUCUGAAUUGACCACAUUUUUAUCCUGGCAUUUACUUGUUAAUAUUUCUCUCCCUGGCGUUGUCAUUUUCAGCCGCGUUCUCCCCUCAACUUGUAGUUCGGCUCAUGUGAGAAGCAUCAUGUUUGAUUUUAAUUAAAUGCUUUUGUGCCGUC